CUUUCAACCAGUCUUUUCCUUCCUCAACCUUAAAACCUUCUCUUCAAAAUUUUUUUCCUGUUUGUUUCUCGAGAAAAAAGAAGUUUCCCAAACAUGAUACUCAGCCAAACCCUUCUUCUUCGAGCUUCAAUAAACCUUCCUCCACGAAACGUUAAUGCCCCAAUCUUCACCUCAAAACCCAGUUCACCUCCCUUUUCUCUCCCCAUUAAACCCUCAAACCCCAAUACCAAAACCCCCAAAUUCACCCCAUUAGCUUCCAUUACAGUACCCUGCAACAACAACCCCCAAACUCAAACUCAGUCCCCACUCAACGAUUCAACUCGAACCCUCAAAACCCUUUUCUCCCUAACCCUCGCCGCCACCAUUCUCUUGACCAAAACGAUCCAAAAUCUCGCCGUGGCAACAAUCCACCGAACCCCCACCGCACUAUCCACCACGGGCACUCUCUUCUUCGCUUCCUUAAAAGACCGCCCAAGCGGAUACCUCAACACGCCGUUGACGGUGGUGGCGGCUGGUUUAUCUAAAUGGCUCGAUAUUUACAGUGGGGUUUUGAUGGUUCGGGUUUUGCUUAGUUGGUUCCCUAAUAUACCUUGGGAUCGGCAACCACUUUCGGCUAUUAGGGAUCUUUGUGAUCCUUAUUUGAAUCUGUUUAGGAAUAUAAUUCCACCCAUUUUUGAUACUCUGGAUGUUAGUCCAUUGCUGGCUUUUGCUGUGUUGGGUACCCUUGGAUCGAUUCUUAAUAACAGUAGAGGAAUGUAUUGAUUGAAAUUUUGCUCAUGCCACAAGGAAAGUGAGUAAGAGAUUUUAAUCCGAGCUUUAUUGUUUGCUUUCUAUUUUUUUUUUUUGCUUAUUAAAAGUUUUUUGUUAUUAGAUUCUUUCAUGGUUGUUUUAUUAGAAUGCUCUGUAUUUUUUGUUGUUGUGUAUGGAUGAAUUUUUAUGGAGGAAUGCAUUAUAAGUGUCCUUUUUGUUGAA